UGCGAAGCCAUUCACCCAGCGCAUUCCGCCGCCCGCAGGCUUGCGGGGAAACUUCCUUAUUAUUGUGACGCCGAAAACGGAGAAACCCCGGGUCCGGCGAGAGGGGCUGUGACAGUCGGAGUCCCAAGCUGCGGUUCGGGGGCUGCCGAGAACUGCAAGGUGUGGAAUAUUUCUGGCUUCUAGUCCAAUGCCAAGUGUGUGACCUGUGCCUGAAUUUGGGGAGUAUCUGCAAAGCACUGAAGGUUUUGGACAUUGUCUUUUCCUGCUGUUGAAAGAGACCCUCUUCAUAUAUACAACAUUCAGGCUACAUGAUUCCCUGAAAGAUAAGAACAAUGUUAUGUUGGGGAUAUUGGUCUCUGGGCCAACCUGGUAUCAGCACCAACCUGCAGGGAAUUGUGGCUGAGCCCCAGGUGUGUGGGUUCAUAUCUGACAGAAGUGUCAAGGAAGUGGCCUGUGGGGGAAACCACUCUGUGUUCCUGCUGGAAGAUGGGGAAGUUUACACAUGUGGUUUGAACACCAAGGGGCAACUGGGCCAUGAGAGGGAAGGAAACAAGCCAGAACAAAUUGGAGCUCUGGCAGAUCAGCAUAUCAUUCAUGUGGCAUGUGGCGAGUCCCACAGUCUGGCCCUCAGUGACCGAGGCCAGCUGUUUUCUUGGGGUGCAGGGAGUGAUGGUCAGCUAGGACUCAUGACUACUGAGGAUUCUGUGGCAGUGCCCAGGUUAAUACAAAAGCUGAACCAGCAAACAAUAUUACAAGUUUCCUGUGGCAACUGGCAUUGCUUGGCUCUUGCGGCUGAUGGCCAGUUCUUCACCUGGGGAAAGAACAGCCAUGGGCAGCUUGGCUUAGGGAAGGAGUUCCCCUCCCAAGCCAGCCCGCAGAGGGUGAGGUCCCUGGAGGGGAUCCCACUGGCUCAGGUGGCUGCCGGAGGGGCUCACAGCUUUGCCCUGUCUCUCUCAGGAGCUGUUUUUGGCUGGGGGAUGAAUAAUGCAGGGCAGCUAGGGCUCAGUGAUGAAAAAGAUCGAGAAUCUCCAUGCCAUGUAAAACUCUUACGCACGCAAAAAGUUGUCUAUAUUAGUUGUGGAGAAGAACACACAGCAGUUCUCACAAAGAGUGGAGGUGUGUUUACCUUUGGCGCUGGUUCCUGUGGGCAACUUGGACACGACUCCAUGAAUGAUGAGGUUAAUCCUAGAAGAGUUCUAGAGCUGAUGGGUAGCGAAGUAACUCAGAUUGCUUGUGGCAGACAACAUACCCUAGCCUUCGUGCCUUCUUCUGGACUCAUCUAUGCAUUUGGUUGUGGAGCAAGAGGUCAAUUAGGAACUGGGCACACUUGUAAUGUUAAGUGCCCAUCUCCUGUCAAGGGUUACUGGGCUGCCCACAGUGGCCAGCUUUCAGCCCGAGCUGAUCGCUUUAAAUAUCAUAUCGUUAAGCAGAUCUUCUCUGGAGGAGACCAGACUUUUGUACUUUGCUCCAAAUACGAGAAUUAUUCUCCUGCUGUUGACUUCAGGACUAUGAACCAAGCACAUUAUACCAGUUUAAUAAAUGAUGAAACCAUAGCAGUUUGGAGACAAAAACUCUCAGAACACAACAAUGCAAAUACAAUCAAUGGUGUUGUUCAGAUAUUAUCUUCUGCAGCCUGUUGGAAUGGAAGUUUUCUUGAAAAAAAAAUUGAUGAACAUUUUAAAACAAGUCCCAAAAUCCCUGGGAUUGACCUGAACUCAACUAGGGUGUUAUUUGAGAAGUUAAUGAACUCUCAGCACUCCAUGAUUCUAGAACAGAUUUUGAACAGUUUUGAAAGUUGUCUGAUUCCCCAGUUGUCAAGCUCACCACCAGAUGUUGAAGCCAUGAGAAUCUAUUUAAUACUACCUGAGUUUCCCCUACUCCAGGAUUCCAAGUAUUAUAUAACAUUGACUAUUCCCUUGGCUAUGGCCAUUCUUCGGCUGGAUACAAACCCCAGCAAAGUACUAGAUAACUGGUGGUCUCAGGUAUGCCCGAAAUAUUUCAUGAAGCUGGUAAACCUCUAUAAAGGUGCAGUCCUUUAUCUACUGAGGGGAAGAAAGACAUUCUUAAUUCCCGUACUGUUUAACAAUUAUAUCACAGCAGCUCUCAAACUCUUGGAGAAGUUAUAUAAGGUAAAUCUUAAAGUGAAGCAUGUGGAAUAUGAUACAUUUUACAUUCCUGAGAUUUCCAAUCUCGUGGACAUUCAGGAAGACUACCUCAUGUGGUUCUUGCAUCAAGCAGGGAUGGAUACUGUAACACUUUGUUCCUACCCUUUCAUCUUUGAUGCCCAAGCCAAGACCAAAAUGUUACAGACAGAUGCUGAACUACAGAUGCAGGUGGCAGUCAAUGGAGCCAACCUGCAGAAUGUCUUCAUGCUUCUCACCCUGGAGCCUCUGCUGGCCAGAAGCCCCUUCCUGGUCCUUCACGUUCGCAGGAACAACCUUGUUGGAGAUGCCCUAAGAGAGCUGAGCAUUCAUUCUGAUAUUGAUUUGAAAAAGCCUCUCAAAGUAAUCUUUGAUGGUGAAGAGGCAGUGGAUGCCGGUGGUGUUACAAAGGAAUUUUUUCUUUUGCUGUUAAAAGAACUUUUGAAUCCCAUCUAUGGAAUGUUUACCUAUUAUCAAGAUUCAAAUCUCUUGUGGUUUUCAGAUACGUGUUUUGUAGAGCACAACUGGUUUCACUUGAUUGGUAUAACCUGUGGACUAGCUAUCUACAACUCCACUGUGGUCGAUCUCCACUUCCCAUUGGCUCUCUACAAGAAGUUACUCAAUGUAAAGCCUGGCUUGGAAGACUUAAAGGAGUUGUCACCCACUGAAGGAAGGAGUCUCCAAGAGCUUUUAGAUUACCCCGGGGAGGAUGUGGAGGAGACUUUCUGCCUCAACUUCACGAUCUGCCGUGAAAGCUAUGGAGUGAUUGAACAGAAGAAGCUGAUACCUGGGGGAGAUAAUGUGACUGUGUGCAAGGAUAACAGACUAUCCAAGAAGCCUCAGCUUUGGGGAAAGUGAGCUAUAGUAUCAGAGUUGAGUGAAAUGAUGCAGAAGCCACCCAGACACCCAACAAAACUGGCUUCAGUUGAUGGAAUUAUCUUGGCUCUAGAAACCUAAUAUAGAGGCUAGUCUUGAUUCAAGUAAGAAUGUUGCAAUCAAAACCCUUGAUAAGAAUCUCUUGGGGCUAAAAGCAGUUUCCUUUAUAUAACAUUGGUACUUUUGUUAACAGUAAAUAAUUUAUCUUCAGGAUGUUUAUUUCCUUAAUAAGAACAGGCUUUUUAUUCCAUAUAGUCAGAUAAUGUUUUUAGAAUUGGGAAAUUUAUGGCAGAUCAUAAAGCAGAUUUGUUAGCCCAGCUGAUUUCCCUUCCCUCCUGGUUUUGGGGAUUGCUUUAUAACAUUGUGGAUGCGUGUGAGUACGUAUGUAGAUACAUACAUAGCCUUUAGUCUUUCAAACAAUGUCUUAGCUUUUGCAUUAAGUUUCAGACAAGAUAAUGUGUGCAUCAUUUGUUAGAAGCUAACAAUGGGAUAGGCAAGCAUCCUGAGGAAGGGGAACAUUCAGAGUGUCCACAUCCUCUGCUGAGUCAUCAUAGUGAUCUGUGAGUAUGAUACAGUGGCUGGGGAAAUGAAUGACCUAGUGCAGGAAUAGGCAAUUGGCAAUGUAGUCUGCAAUUGAGGCAGUGGCCAGAACUUAUUACUCCUUUUCAUAUCUUUGUCAAGUUAUUUCUCUUAGCAUAUUUUUUGUCUCUGUCGUUUUUGUUCUCUGAGUCUGAAUUUUUCUCUCUUUCUGUUUCUCCAUUUCUCUCUCCCUGUCACUCUCACUGUCUUUCUCCUUAUUUAACAGACAUUUCUUUGAAUCAACAAUUGAAUUGACUCAACAGUUGUGGGAGAAACUGCAGGAAUAGUAAAAUAUAACACAGUUUGUUUAGGGUGAUAAGCUGUUCUCAGAUGCAACCAUAAAUGGAAUGUGAAGACUAAAUUGGGUGGUUGAAUCUGAAGGCGUUCAGAGAAGUCAGCUUGGACAGAUGCAUCUGGGAGGACAGAUAUGGGAUAGAGCUAAGUUUGGAAGCCUACUAAGAUCUGGAUACUAGAAAGUAGAGAAGAGCAUAUAAACAUGAAAGGUGCUCUGUAAAGGGAUGGAAAAAUCUGAGUUGUCGUUUCAGACAGAAAUUUUGAUUGCAUUUUACUGUGUUCAAGAUGUACAGAACAGCUUCUGUACUAGGUAGAAAUUUAGAUUUCGGUUUUUCAGAGUACUCAUUGAGUACACUGUGAACUCAUCCAUGCUACUUUAGGCACUGAUGUACAUGUCUGUGUCACUCAGUGACAGGCAGGAGACCCUGUUGCUGUCACAGUUACCUGUUUGUCUUCAUUUGGGCUGCUGUAAAAAAGUACGAUAAACUGGAUGGCUUAUAAACAACACAAAUGUAUUUGUCAUGUUCUGGAGGCUGGAAGUCCAAGAUUAGGCUGCCAGCAUGGUUAGGUUCUGGCAAGGGCCUUCUUCCACGUUGCAGACUGCUGACUUCUCGUUGUAUCCUAGCAUGGUGGAGAGCAGCGUUGGGAAGCAAGCUCUCAUGACUCUUAUAAGGACACCAGUCCCAUUCAUGGUUACUGCUGUACUCUUUACUAUAGCUGUUUUGGUUAGGGACCACCAGAAAAAGACAUGAAUGCAUUUUUUUUUCUUUUCAUUUUAUGCUGCACAAAAUAGAAAUCUUACCAACAAAGUACAUUGAGGUCCUGGUAAGAAAGGCUGUAUGAAGUUAUAAAAGAUUGAUCAUUAUAGUCAUUGUUUCCUUGGUUAUAUGCCAUAAUGUAGUCAUUAGCAGUCCUAAAUUAUAUGACUAAGAAAAUGAAAGAGCUGUAAGAAGAAUACCUACUGGACUUUUAACUUAGGCAGUUGUAUACACAGAUACUUCUGGCAUUGAGGCUGUUUUUGUUAAUAGUAAGAUAUUUGCUGGCAUUGCUGUCCCAGGGGAAAAUGCCAGAGGAAUACCAAUUCUGUAUUCAUAAUUUAUUCCAUUUCAUUUGGUUUUAAAAUGCUUUCUAUCCUUGGACAGAACCUACACAGUCAAAUGAGUUGUAGGCAUCCAGGUAAAAGAACAUCUGUGGCUGAUUACUGGUGGCUGCAUCAUAGACAAAUCUUGCCACCAGCUGGUAGUCACAUCUGGAUAAUACUAUAUCACAUGACUACUCAUGGUUAAGCAUUUCUUAUGGUCUAUAAUAUGGUGUUAAUUACCAUUAGUGAAAAACCCAUAUGUCAUUCUAGAGUCCCUAAAAUUUACCUUAAUUUGAUGCAAUCAAAUUAAAUGCAAUUGCUGUCUUCCCAUUUUCCCCAUAUUAAAACAGAUGACACACACAUGGGGCUCGGGGGUGGGGCAGUGGGGGGCAGAGAGUAGAGUAAAGAGAUCACAUAGUAAGAAAUGCCAAACUUAAGGUAAGUGCUUCAAAGGGCAUCUAGAUUCCGUAGUGAGAACCUGAGAAUAAAACUCAUGCAUGACAAACACUUCUUGCUCCUUAAGAUCUACUUCAGGACCGCUGGCAGACUUCAGUUGAUCUUUCAGGAUAGUUCUGAGGGAUGCAGUCUUUAAGAUCCGCAUUGUAUUUGCACUGGACUAUUACAGGAACAGCAGAAUUAAAAUGCCAGUAACACUUCUUGAGUGCUUACCAUGCAUCAGACACUAUUUGAAAUAUUUUACAUGUAAGCCUCCCCAUUUACUGAUGAGGAAACUGAGGCACAGACAGGCAUAAGUCUCUUGUUCAAGGUUACACAGCUAGAAGUCCAAGAUUCUAAACCAGAGCCAGGAUUCAAAGCCAGGUGGUUUGAGUUAGACUGCGCUCCGUGGGCAUCAGCAUAUGGCCUCUCGGGCUAAGGCUGGGGCUCAAGAGUUCCCAUCCUCCUUUCCCCCUAGGAAGAAAAAUGACUUUGAAGACUUUGCUGUUUUUCGUUUCAGGCUGAGUAGGUAAUGUUUUUAAAAAGCAAAAUUGGAAUAGUUAAAAACAUAACUAAUAUACAUAUGGAAUGGAAUGUCUGAAUUUUUAAACUUAGGUGAAGACAGUGCUUAUAUUUAAAAUGCUGUUUCAAAGUACUCAUGAAUGCCCUUAAUAGUGACUGCAUGGUCUGCUAUGUGAAUGUGUAUUUUUAUGUUUCUUCACUGUUGAAUAUUUGGCUUGUUUGUAUGUUCUUUUUUAUUCCUCUUUUUUCUCUUCCCCCCCCACCACCAUUUUUAAUAAGACUAUAUCAAGUAUCUUUUGUGUAUAAAGGAUUUUGUGUCUUUAAAUUUGCUUUUUAAUGGUAAGGUCUCAGGGGUGAAAUGGAAUUAAAAUGUAUAACAUUUGAAUUUGUUGGUA